AUGACCUCAUUUCCAGAAACCAGCCAAGGCUCAUCGCGUCCAAUAGUCCACGGCGUCGACGUCGCUCCCACCACACAAUGCGCCCACUGGCAUUCAGACCUGGAUAUCAUCGCCAUCAAGCACAAGUGCUGCGGCCAGUACUACGCCUGCAUCAGUUGCCACGAAGCCUUGGCCCAACAUGCCUCAGAUGUCUGGCCACGGGAUGAACGACACGCAAUAGCCGUGCUCUGCGGGAAAUGUCGCCGCGAACUGACCAUCGACGAGUACCUCAGCUGUGGGAACAAGUGCCCGGGUUGUACGUCUGCCUUCAACCCUGGGUGUGCGAAGCAUUACGAGCUGUACUUUUCCGUCUGA